ACGCUGCGGGACGUGGCGGAGCUCAUUCGGCAGAAGGAGUGUCGCCGAGUGGUGGUGAUGGCCGGGGCCGGGAUCAGCACCCCCAGCGGCAUCCCUGACUUCAGGUCCCCAGGGAGCGGCCUCUACAGCAACCUCCAGCAGUACGACAUCCCAUACCCAGAGGCCAUCUUUGAGCUGAUGUAUUUCUUUGCCAACCCCAAGCCCUUUUUCACUUUGGCCAAGGAGCUCUACCCUGGCAACUACAGACCCAACUACGCCCACUAUUUCCUGAGGCUCCUGCAUGACAAAGGGCUCCUCCUGCGCCUCUAUACCCAGAACAUCGACGGGCUGGAGAGAGUUGCUGGGAUCCCUCCCGACAGACUGGUGGAAGCCCACGGCACCUUUGCCACUGCCACGUGCACGGUCUGUCGAAGGAAGUUCCCAGGAGAGGACUUCAGGGGGGACGUCAUGGCAGACAAGGUCCCUCACUGUCCCGUCUGCACUGGAGUCGUCCAGCGCUUCUUCCUGCACGUCACGGACUUCCCCAGGGCAGACCUGCUGUUCGUCAUUGGAACGUCCUUGGAGGUGGAGCCCUUUGCCAGCCUGGCCGGGGCCGUGCGUGGCUCCGUGCCCCGAGUCCUGAUCAACAGAGAGCUCGUGGGUCCCUUUGCCUGGCACCAGCGCUACAACGACGUGGCCCAGCUGGGGGAUGUGGUCAGUGGGGUCGAGAAGCUGGUGGAGCUGCUGGAG